AUGGCGUCCUAUCCAAUAACACUAGAGAACCAAAUCAGGAUACAGAAAAGCUGGGAAGCUAUAUGUAAUGAUCUUGAUGUUAGGGAUAUAUCUGAAAGACUCAUCACGACUGACGUUAUUACUACCACACAGUGUGAAGACAUCCUGCUGGAACCAGCACGUUUAAAACAAACCCAAAAGUUGUUGAAUCUUCUGCUCACUGGAGCCAACCAGAAAUUUAACCAACUUGUCUCAUGCCUCCGGGUAGAUCACGGCUGGCUCGCAACUAGACUUUUGAACACGUCAGUGACAGAGGAAGACGAACAAAAGCGAAUAAGGUCCGUUCUGGAGACGUGUUCUAUACCACAGAAACCGGCGUGCUUUGUGGGACGCAAUGAAGAUAUUAAAAAGAUAGCAGACAUAUUUUUUAAGGACAUGCGUCGCAUCGCAGUAAUAAAAUCUUUUGGAGGUCAAGAUGAUAUUCCUUUGUCCCUUCUCCUUGCUUUAAAAUCAUCAGCAGGGUUAAGCAGUGGUGACACCAACGCUGAUCGUCUCAUAACCAAGGCCUGUCAAGAAAUACGUUCAGACAUGGCUGAUAGGGAUAAUGAUCUAUUAGCAGAUGAUAUUCCAUUGUCCCUUCUUUGUACUUUAAAAUCAACAGCAGGGUUAAGCACUGGCGGCACCAACGCUGAUCGUCUCACAACCAAGGCCUGUCAAGAAAUAUCGUCGUACGGCAAAAAGAUGCUCAUCAUACUUGACAACUGUGAGAGUGCACUCGAGGACAACCCACAAAGCCAUUUUUAUACCAUGCUACAGCGAACUUGUCUACAAACCCUUUGUGAUGCUUCGUUUCUGGUGUAUGAUGCAGCAAGCGGUACGUAUACUAUGCAUGGUGUUAUACAGGAGUUUGUACAAGAACAUACUUCUGAAGAAAAUAUGGAUCAUUUUAAACAGAUAUUCAUGAUAUACAUGGAGGAUAGAAUAAAUGAGAUGUACUCAUUUGCUGAAACAGAAAAUAUACGUGCUGCAACAAAAUUGUUUGAAAAAGACAAGGAUGUUUAUCUGACCUCUUUUGAUAUUUUUGAGAAAAUGCGCUCAGUCUCAAAGGAAGUUACAUUGAGCAAUGCAAAGAAAUUGGCUUUCAGUCUAAGACAGAUAGGCAGGUUUGACGAUUCUCUCAAAUAUUUCAAACUCGCGCUAGACAUCACUAUAGAGCACGGAGAACAAAGUGAUCAUUUUGACCUGGCAUUCUUGUAUUAUAACAUAGGUUAUCUACUUGGCAAACUUGGAAAUUCAUCUGCUUCCAUUGAGUAUCUAUCUAAAGCAAAAGACACGUAUGAGAAGCAAGAAGAGCGCUGUGAUUGCAAACAAUAUUGUAAAUGCUGUUAUUAUUUGACAGUGCAGCUGCGUCGGGUAAAAGAAAAUCAUGCACUUUGUCUCGAUGUACUGAACAACUGUUUCGACAAGGCCGUUGCCCAUCAAGAUUUAAGUAUAAAAUACCUUGCACAAGCCGGAAUUUCAGGAAUCAAAGCCAGACAAGGAGAAGAGGAGGUCGUUAUGUCCACCUUGCAUGAAAUACUAAAUGCAAACCCCGCAACAGAUGGCAAGGAAGACGGAGUGAGUAUGGAUGCUUUAAAUGAUGCAGCCGUAUCCUUGCAUGCAAUUGGGAAAAAAGAAGAAUCUUUGUCAUUACAAAGACGGGCAGUUGUUAUUGCAGAGGACUGCUGUGGUGAACAUCCUGACACUGUUGAUGUCCUCAACAAUAUGGGUUCUGACUUGAUUAUUGCCGGACAUAUAGAUGAGGCCAUAGAUGCUCUUACAAGAGCUGCGGCUAUGAGUGAAACGAUAAUGGGAGAAUACCACGAACAGACAGCAGACACAAUACAAAUAUUAGCUUGUGCCAUAUCUGAACAGGGAAACCAUGCAGAGGCUCUCAGUACAUACCAGAGAGCUCUUCGUAUAAGGGAGCAAGUGCUGGGUGAAAGUCGAAGUACAGCCAGUACACUUUACUGCAUAGGUCAAGAAAUGAUAGAGUUGGACAAUGCAGACGGUGCUGAAGGCGUACUCAGGAGAGCUUUGGCUAUUAACGAGAAGAUACUGGGAGAAUAUCACGGAUAUACAGCAGCUACAAUAUCUGCAUUAGCUUGUACCAUGUCUGCACAGGGAAACCAUGCAGAGGCUCUUAGUACAUUCCAGAGAGCUCUUCGUAUAGAGGAGCAAGUGCUGGGUGAAAGUUGUAUUACAGCCAAUACAUUGUAUUGCAUGGGUCAUGUAAUGAUAGAGAUUGGCAAUGCAGACGGUGCUGUGGAUGUCCUUAGGAGAGCUCUGGCUAUGAGGGAGAAGAUACUGGGAGAAUACCACAAAGAGACAGCGGCCACAAUACAUGAAUUAGCUUGUGCUAUAUCUGCACAGGGAAACCAUGCAGAGGCUCUCAGUACAUACCAGAGAGCUCUUCGUAUACAUGAGCAAGUGCUGGGUGAAAGUAAAAGUACAGCCACUACACUGUUUUUCGUGGGUCAGGAAAUGAUAGCGUUGGGCAAUGCAGACGGUGCUGUGGAUGUCCUUAGGAGAGCUCUGGCUAUGAGGGAGAAGAUACUGGGAGAAUACCACAAAGAGACAGCGGCCAUAAUACAUGAAUUAGCUCGUGCUAUAUCUGCACAGGGAAACCAUGCAGAGGCUCUCAGUACAUACCAGAGAGCUCUACGUAUACAGGAGCAAGUGCUGGGUGAAAGUAAAAGUACAGCCACUAUAGUUCACAACAUUGGUCAUGAAAUGAUAGAGUUUGGCAAUAUAGGCGGUGCUGUGGAUGUCCUGAGGAGAGCUCUGGCCAUGGAGGAGAAGAUACUGGGAGAAUACCACGAACAGACAGCAAUCACAAUACAUGAAUUAGCUCGUGCCAUAUAUGCUCAGGGAAACCAUGCAGAGGCUCUUAGUACAUUCCAGAGAGCUCUACGUAUACAGGAGCAAGUGCUGGGUGAAAGUUGUGUAACAGCCAAUACAUUACAUAACAUGAGUCAUGGAAUGAUGAAGUUGGGCAGUGCAGACGUUGUUGUGGAUGUCCUCAGGAGAGCUCUGGCUAUAAGGGAGAAGAUACUGGGAGAAAACAACGAAGAGACAGCAGCCACAAUACAUGAAUUAGCUGGUGCCUUAUCUGCACAGGGAAACCACAAAGAGGCUUACAGUACAUACCAGAGAGCUCUUCGUACAAGGGAGCAAAUGCUGGGUGAAAGUCAAAGCACAGCUAAUACACUGCACGACAUGGGUCAGGAAAUGAUGAAGAUGAGCAAUGCAGACGGUGCUGUGGAUGUCCUCAGGAGAGCUAUGGUUAUGAGGGAGAAGAUACUGGGAGAAAACCAUGAAGACACAGCAAACACAAUAUUUGAAUUAGCCCGUGCCAUAUCAGCACAGGGAAACCACGAAGAAGCUCUUAGUACAUUCAAGAGAUGUCUUCGUAUAGUGGAGCAAGUGCUUGGUGAAAGUUGCAAUACAGCCAGUACACUGGAUUGCAUGGGUCAGGAAAUGAUAGCGUUGGGCAAUGCAGACGAUGCUGUGGAUGUUGUCAGGAGAGCUCUGGCAAUGAAGGAGAAGAUACUGGGAGAAUAUCACGAACAGACAGCAGUAACAAUACAUGGAUUAGCUUGUGCCAUAUCUGCACAGGGAAAUCACGAAGAGGCUUUCAGUACAUACCAGAGAGCUCUUUGUAUAAUGGAGCAAGUAAUGGGUGAAUGUCGCACUACAUCCAUUAUACUACAUAAUAUGGGUCAAGAAAUGAUAGAGAUGGGCAAUGCAGACGGUGCUGUGGACGUCCUCAGGAGAGCUGUGGUUAUGAGGGAAAAGAUACUGGGAGAAUACCACGAACAUACUGCAGUCGCAAUACAAACAUUAGCUCGUGCUAUAUCUGCACAGGGAAAUCACGAAGAGGCUCUCAGUACAUACCAGAGAGCUCUUCGUAUAAUGGAGCAAGUAAUAGGUGAAUGUCGCACUACAUCCAUUAUACUACAUAAUAUGGGUCAAGAAAUGAUACAGAUGGGCAAUGCAGACGAUGCUGUGGACGUCCUUAAGAGAGCUGUGACUAUGACGGCGAAGAUAAGGGGAGAAUAUCACGAACAGACUGCAGUCACAAUACAUACAUUAGCUCGUGCCAUAUCUGAACAAGGGAACCAUGCAGAGGCUAUUAGUACAUACCAGAGAGCUCUUCGUAUAAGGGAGCAAGUGCUGGGUGAAAGUCAAAGAACAGCCAGUACACUGCAUUGCAUGGGUCAGGAAAUGAUAGCGUUGGGUAAUGCAGACGGUGCUGUGGAUGUCCUCAGGAGAGCUGUGGCUAUGAAGGAGAAGAUUCUAGGAGAAAACCACGAAGAGACAGCAGACACAAUACAUGAAUUAGCUCGAGCUAUAUCUGCACAGGGAAACCACGAAGAGGCUCUUAGUACAUACCAUAGAGCUCUUCGUAUAGUGGAAAUGCUGGGGGGGAAUUGA